AUGGCGUCAAAGAUACUGGCCGCAUAUGCGGCGCUCUGCAUUUCCCGGUCCGCGGCGCUCAAUUUCACGAUCGCCAACGGGCAGAUUUUCACACCGGGCUUUGCAAUACUUGACGCUCCCCAACCCGGAACACCGCUCGGAGGAGAUACAAUUGAGGUUGCUUUGGAUGUUUCAGCCAAUGGUAAACUGAAUCUCCCACCGUACGGCGACGAUAGCCCCAGCCAGAUCCACAACAUCACGAUAUUUCUGUACAGUUACGAGACGGGGAGGAAUUUCACCAUCACCAAUGGCACCGAAACUGGGAAUAACGCAAGUCUUGGCGACAUCAUGCUCUUGGAGCCUGGAUCAACAGUGAAGCACGUCAAAUGGCAUUGGCCGGACUGCCUAGCUGGCGACGGACAGCCGACGUCACAGGACAGCGACCGUGGAGUAUACAAUAUAUCUAUCCGCCAGAACUUCCGGCUGAACGGAGACGACCACUACACGAUCUUCGAUGUCCCGAUUUCAGUGACGAACAAGAUUGACUCGUCCUCAGACAGACCAUCGUGCGAUGCCCUCAACAACCCGCUCCUUUCACCGGAAGAGAUCAAUGCCACGGCCGCCAACAACGUUGGCAUCCUCUUUGCGCCCGGUGACGCGACGCAAGUUGAGCAGUCGGGUACGGGUUCCACGGGCGGCAUAGGAGGCGGUAAGCCCGAAGCGACACCUGAAGAUGGUCUCGGUAGUGGAACUGCGAUGUUGAGUUGGAGCGCGGCCGCAGGCUGGAUGGCUACUCUAUCUCUUACUGUUGCAUUUUUCUUGUAG